AGCUCCUCCGGGCAGGGCUGCCUCCUUGAUAAUAACCGCCUUCAGACGGCGGUGCGCCUCAGCGGCGGAGGUGCCCGCCCGCCGGUGCCAGGCUUCUGUCGCCUCCCUGCUCUUAGCGCUCGGUGCGAUAGAUGGUUUACUUCAUCGUUUCGGGAUGAUAAAGUCGGGCUUGUGAAAGAUGGUGAAAAAUUUGGCCCCUUUGCAGGGGAGAAGCGAAUGCCACAGGAACUGGAUGAGAACACAGACUGCAGGCUGAUGUGGGAAGUUCGUGGGAGUAAAGGUGAGGUCCUUUAUAUCCUGGACGCAAGCAAUCCACGCCAUUCUAAUUGGCUGCGUUUUGUCCAUGAGGCUCCAUCACAGGAACAGAAGAACCUGGCAGCCAUCCAGGAAGGGGAAAAUAUUUUCUAUCUGGCUGUGGAAGAUAUUGAAACAGACACAGAACUUCUGAUUGGGUACUUGGACAGUGACAUGGAAGAAGAGGAGGAGGAAGAGGAAGAAGUAACUGUUAUCCAGGAAGAUGAAGACAGUGGCACCAAUAAAGAAGUGCAACCAGCUGGUGAAAAAAUUGCAGAUCCCCUCACCUGUAAAGACAACCAUGCAUGCCCAAACUGUGAAUCCAGUUUUGCCAGCCAGGAGAUUCUAGCUGAACAUCUUCAGACUUUGCACCAAAAACCCAGUGAGGAAAAGGAAUUUAAGUGCCGAAACUGUGGAAAGAAAUUCCCUGUUAAACAAGCUCUACAGAGACAUGUACUUCAGUGCACAGAGAAUAUCAGCCCAGGAGACUCUUCAAGAAGUUUUCAGUGCUCUGUUUGCAAUACUUCAUUCAGCUCAGAAUCGAGUUAUGAACAGCACAAGGAGGCAUGCAAAGGGGAUGCCAGAUUCAUAUGCAAGGCAGAUAGCUGUGGCAAGAGGUUCAAGAGUAAGGAUGCCCUGAAAAAACAUAAAGAAAACGUUCACAGUGGAAAUUCUAGGAAGAAGCUGAUGUGUUCAGUGUGCAAUAAGAAAUGUUCCUCAGCAACAAAUCUCCAAGAGCAUCGAAAGGUCCAUGAGAUCUUUGAGUGUCAGGAAUGUGACAAGAAGUUUAUUUCAGCUAACCAGCUAAAACGCCAUAUGAUAACUCACUCAGAAAAACGCCCCUACACCUGCGAGGUUUGCAAUAAGUCCUUCAAACGACUUGAUCAAGUGACUGCACACAAAAUAAUACACAGUGAAGAUAAACCUUAUAAAUGCAAGCUUUGUGGAAAGGGAUUUGCCCACAGAAAUGUUUACAAGAAUCACAAGAAGACCCAUUCUGAAGAGAGACCAUUCCAGUGUGAGGAAUGCAAAGCUUUGUUCCGAACCCCAUUCUCUCUACAAAGACAUCUGUUAAUCCAUAACAGUGAGAGGACCUUCAAGUGUGAUCACUGUGAUGCUACUUUCAAAAGAAAGGACACAUUAAAUGUUCAUAUUCAAGUUGUACACGAUGGGCAUAAGAAAUACAAGUGUGAUCUCUGUGACAAAGCUUUUGUGACACCCUCAGUCCUGAAGAGUCAUAAAAAAACUCACACAGGAGAAAAAGAGAAGAUUUGCCCAUAUUGUGGACAGAAGUUUGCAAGCAAUGGAACACUGAGAGUUCAUAUUCGAAGCCACACAG